CAAACGUCCGUUGAUAGAAGCAGGAACCGACAGUCUGACUUUAACGGACUUUUUACGAUGACGACCGGAGAGAAAAACAUUUUCCACCGAACAGAUUAAUUUCAACGAGGAAUAACAGACCUCCAGCCCGGGUCCGGUUCCACCUGGAGGGGCUAACUGCCGUUAAAUCACCGGUAUGUGUGAGAGCAGAGCGGUGCCCAGCGGGAAGGUUUACCGGCAGCUGUUUGACGCUCAGGUCCAGCUGUCCAGAUCUCUGCUGGCUGGACGCAAAGACACAAGGACAGACUGUCUGUCUGCGGAGGACAGUGUCACACACUGCAGCACGACCAGCAGGUUGUUGUGUCCUCCCUCCAGCAGGGGGCAGCAGGUGGAUGAUGAUGAUGAUGACAUUGAUGAUGUCAGCAGACUUCCUGACUCUGUGGUGGUCGAUCAGCCGAGCUCUGACAUCAUCGAACGACUGACGGAGAGAAAAAACAAAAAACACAAAGAAGCUCUGAAACAGCUGAAGACAGAACUCACACACCUGUCACAGGAGUGUGAGUCUCAGGCGAGGACCAUCAGUGUGGAGCUGCUGUCCUCUCUGCAGGACGUGGACCUCAGACUGAACAACCUGAAGGACAGAAUGGAACACCUGGAUCACCUCAGCGUGCAGGAGGUGUGUGUUCUCUGGGAGGAGGUGGAGGAGGAGGUGAAGAUGAAGAAGAUCAGAAUCAUGGAGCUGAACCACAAACUCACUGAAUCAGAGACUCAGCGAGCCGCCGAGAUUAAAGUCGUGCUCAGGACGUUCCUCCACCUGCUGCAGAAGAUCAACUUCCUGUCUCCACCUGACGUCUGCACACUGGUUCAUGCCGAGGCCACGAUGUUGAAUCAGUCUCUCCUGGCAAACCGUCGCAGUGUGGCUCGUCUGCUGCUACUCCUUCAGGAGGAGAACCUGCAGCAGGAGUCACUCCUCCGCCUGCACUGGGAGGACUGUCUGAGCCGCUGGAGGAGGAGUCGGGUCACCGAGGUUAUAGACCGCUUCAGGAGGCUCUGCUGCAGUGACGAGGAGCAGCAGCUGGACUCAGGUCAGCUGGUCUCAGGUCAGCUGGUCUCAGGUCAGCUGGUCUCAGGUCAGCUGGUGAUGCGAGACCUGACAGGACAACGUGAUGACAUCAUCUCUAAGAUCAGCUCUCUGGUCCCGCCCUCCACUGCUCUGGUCUCUGAUUGGUCCAACCAGCUGACAGCCGUCAAUCAACAGAUCGACAGUCUCCACACUGACUUCCUCCAUCAGCUGCGGUGCUGUUAUGAACAGAAGUGGCAGGAUCGACUGGCUGAGGUGGAGCGCUGUAAGGAGGCGCUUUCUGCUCUGCAGCUGGCUGAGGAGGAGGUGAACAACAUCGUCAGCUCUCAGCUCCUCAUUCUGAUUGGACAACACCAGAGACAAGAUGAAGAGCGAUUGGCUGCUUUAGAUCUGUGUUGUGACUCUGUGGCCCGUCACGCCUUCAAUAUCAGCAGGUGUGUGUUUGUUGUGAUGCAAGGAGCAGCGUUGCAAUGGGAGACACACAACCACAGGUUAGAGAGGAAGAAGGAAGACCUACAACAACACCUGGACGACCUCAGACACACACAGCAGCAACACAUACAGAGGAAGAAGGUGCGUCUGGACGACCUGCUGAGACGACUCCGGCAGGAGGGCAGUGAGGAGGCUCUGAAGAGGUCUCUGGACAAAACUGUCCACUACCUGCAAGAUGUCAAAUCCAGCUGUGGACAGUGUGUCUCUGAUCAGUGGGAGGUGUUGCAUCGUCUCCCUUCAGUCCUCCUGGAGGAGCUCCUCUCCUACAGCAGCAGCCUCAGCUCUUUCUUCCACCUCGACCACACCUACAAACCGAGUCCAGAAGAAUUGCAGAAGCUCCACCCAUCAUCCGCCCUCUCCACCCAGUCAGAAACCAGUGGCGGAGCUGAAACACAGAAACCAGAGGAGACGACACAGAGUCGUCCAAUCAGAUGUCAGAAUGACACUGACCCCGCCCAGCCCUCUCAGGAUAGGCUGACUGAGGCGGAGUCCUCUCUCCUGGAUCUCUGUGACACCAGCAGUGAUGUCACAUUUACAUCACCCAGUGGUGUGACCUAUAGUGGCCCCACCUUCAGAUGCCCCACCCUCAACCUGCAGCAGAAAACUCACCUGAGUCUGUUUCCUGUGGAGCUGCUCACAGACAACCUGAACAGGAUGAGGACUCUGUUCUUUGAUCACCUGGAGCAGCGUUUCCAUGAUGUACUCAGCUGGGGCGUUGCCACGGUUACAGACAGGAAGGAGGUGGUGCGUUUGGAGCAGGAGGUCCAACUGCAGCAGCUGAACCCCGAACACAUCGAGAACCACAUAUACCAACAACGACUGGCUGAGCUGCAGCUCCACAGACAGCAGGUGGACACUCACUGUGAGGAGGUGUCAGCUGUGUUGGAAUCCUGCAGGGAGGAGCUGCGAGAGCUGCAGACCUCCGUCAGCAGGAGGAACCAGGAGUUCACUGUCAGUCUAUCCAACAUGGAGGAGGAUGACCAGUCAGCUGACAGCCGUCAACGGCUGGAGGCUGUUAGCUCUGCCCUGCAGGACUGUCUGGAUCAACAUAUUAAAGACACCCAGCAGAUUCAGACGUACUUCACAUGGAGCGUCCAGCUCAGACUGCAGGAGGUCAGAAACAAAACGACACACCUCCUCACCUCCUUCAGGCUGUUCAGUGAAGGAGGAGACUUUGCUCCUCAGGAGGUGAAGCAGUUCCAGAGGAGGCUGAAGGAGGAGACCAGACAGAUGAGGGUGACAGAGGAGUCCAUCUUCUCUGAGCUGGAGCUGUUUGAGUCUCAGAGUUUACAGCAGGUGAAGGAGGCAUCUAGACGGAUGGAGGAGAAACUGUCCCUGCUCAGGUCUGAGCUGGAGUUCACGGAGGAGAUCCAGAAGAUCAGCAGCAGCACACGAGUUCAAAUCAAGGCACAGAACUCCAGUGUUUCCACUGUAACAGUUCAGGUGGAGAAGGAGUGGAGCAGGAGACAGGAGUCAAACCAGGAGAAUGCUGUGGUAGUAACAAGUCAGAGUCCAACUGUCCCACAUGUCCAACAGAGAGGGACAGAGUCUGUCAACACACUGAGUGUGAAGAGGAGCUGCAGGUCAGCCAGGUCUAACAGGAGGUUCCAGGUCUUUGGAGCAGAACCAGAGAAGAACCCACACUCCCUCAGCUCCACCCUGAACUCUGUGUUGUGGAAAGCCAGUGAUGUCCUCCUGCAGGUUGCCAAGUUUGGACCAAUGGGCUGA